AUGAAGGAAAAGCUUAGGGACUUGAGAGAAAAAUUUUUCAAGCUAUUUCAAAAAGAGAAGCAAAAAGGAACAUUGACAUUGGAUAGAAAUAUGUUUGACAAGUUGUACAAACCUUCCACCGACGACAAUUCCUUAUCAGAAUCAUUGAAAUGCAGGUUGUUACCAAGCUCAAACUUUGAGUCGGAUGGUAUACUUAGAUGCAGUUCUCCAAUGAGUUCCGAUUUUCAUACGUCGCCUGAAAAUAGGGCAUUUUUUGAACCUCAUACUGAUGACGAUUCACGCCAACAACAAAAUUCUAAAAACUACACCAUGGACCAGUUGUGUUCCAUAAUCGAUCAGGAAAUUGGCGAUAUGAAAAACCCAGACUUGAAAGAUUUGCCCAGACCCCAUAGUUUUCUUUCGAAUUCAAGUUUAGCGACAAUUACGGAGAUACAAAAUGUCAAGUUUGAUCAUGAUUGGGACACUCUUUACAAAGUCAACCAAUAUCCUUCUGAUCUGAAACAGUGGUCAUUCUACAAAAAAAGAGCAGAAACUGCUGAUGCAAAGCCACCAAGAUUAGUCAAGGUUAUCAAAAACAAGAAUCGGUACUAA